AUCCUCGGCUACAGAAUUGUACGUUUGUUGCUUUCGAACCGACUCAUUAUUGUCGUCUCACUCCUCUUCUUCAUCAAUGUGCUCUUAGUAAAAUUAUUAUAAUAUGUAGACGUACGACAUGACGCGAAUGAAUGACAUUAUCAUAAUUUAGUGUUAUUAUUUAUUUAUUGUAUGCAUAUUAUAUUCAGCGUCGCAAUUUUUUCAACAAUAGAAAAAAAUUUAAAAUUUAGCGCAGGUCGAUUUUCUACGCGAUAAAUGUGCAAAUUCAUGUUUUAAAGUGGAUAGUUAACAAUGUGUAGAUACGGGUGUGUGAUACCUAACAGUGCAAUUUCACUAAUUCUAAUGUAAAUGAAACUUUAAGAUAUGAUAAAAAAAAUUAUUAGUGGAAAUAAAGUUUAUUCAUUGUUUUAAAGUCGUAACGAACUACCUAAAAAUGGGACUACCAUCGCACAAAACAAAGAAACUACCCUACCCAAAGUCAGUGUUUUUCAUCGUAACAAAUGAAUUUUGUGAAAGAUUCUGUUUCUAUGGCAUGCGAACAAUCCUUAGCCUUUACCUCACUGACAUCCUCCUCUACUCCGAGAGUACAGCAACGGUAAUAUACCACACUUUCGUCGUCCUGGUGUAUUUCUUCCCAAUUAUAGGGGCAAUGAUUGCCGACAGUUUUCUCGGAAAAUUUCGUACGAUUGUUUACCUGUCGUGUGUGUACGCAACCGGAAAUGCACUUCUUGCCUUAACUGCCGCACCACCUCUUAACUUUCCGUUACGAACUAUGACCCUAAUAGGUCUUCUUCUGAUAGCAGUUGGAUCAGGGGGUAUAAAACCAUGCGUGUCAGCUUUUGGCGGGGACCAAUUCACUCUACCGUAUCAGGCUUCCCAAUUAUCAAAAUUCUUUUCCGUGUUUUACUUUUCCAUUAAUUUUGGAAGUUUUAUCUCCACGUUUGUCACCCCCAUAUUGAGGGAAGAUGUCAAAUGUUUCGGUGACGAUAGCUGCUAUUCGUUAGCUUUUGCUGUGCCAGGGGUUCUGAUGGUUAUAUCCAUAGUCGUUUUCGUGGCGGGUAAACCAUUUUACAAAAUCAAACCUCCAGAGGGAAAUGUGGUACUUAAAGUCAGCAAAUGUAUUGGGAAUGCCAUCGUUACCAGGAUGAAGACCAAAGAAAGGAACCGUGAACACUGGCUGGAUUAUGCCAAAGAAAAAUACGACUCCCAAUUAAUUCAAGAUAUAAAAGACACACUAAGGGUUUUAGUUCUGUUCCUGCCUCUUCCCGUAUUCUGGGCCCUUUACGACCAGCAAGGUACCGGUUGGACUUUUAUGGCUCGAAGAAUGGAUGGAUACAUUGGCUUCUACACAAUUCUUCCCGAUCAGAUGCAGGUGGUUAAUUCAAUUCUAAUUCUUGGCUUCAUCCCAUUGUUCGAUUACGUUAUAUAUCCAGCGUUGGACAAGUGCAGAAUUCUGACUAAACCCCUUCAACGGUUAACAACAGGUGGUAUAUUUGCUGCUGCGGCUUUUGCAAUCUCGGCAGUCAUAGCCCUAUUUAUCGAACAGACUUACCCCCAGCUUCCAUCAGCGGGCAAUGCUCAGUUGAGAAUUUACAACGUUUUACCCUGCGACAUCCGCCUUACGUCGCCUAAUUUAAAUAAUGGUCAAACAAUUUUCAUAAAAAGUCUGGAAAGUUAUACGAAUAUUGAUCUUUCGGUUACUAGAAGUGCAACAUACAACUACAUGGUGGAUAGUACGUGUUCUUCUGUCAGUGGAUCGUUCCAAUUAACGGAAAAAACUGCAGCAGGUUACUAUUUCAAUGAACUAAACGGAGCCGCUCGGUAUUUUGAAGAUGACGUUUCCAAAAGCACAAAUGGAUAUCCCAGUGUCCGAACCUUAUUCAACAGUGCCGAUUCUUUGCCUGUUACUUUUACCGACAGCGGUGGCGUAGAAAGGCUUUCCAUCGGCAGUUCAAAUUCUUCACUAUUUUCUCUUAGUCCUGAUACGUACAAGGUCAGAAUUGGAAGCACUUUCUCCCAAGACGUGACACUGUCACUGGGGGGAGUAUAUUCCUUGUUGGCACUGGUUAAUUCUCCAUCCAGCAUUACAUUGAAUUUAAUAGAAGUUACAAGGCCCAACAGUGUCCACAUGCUACUGCUCAUUCCACAGUAUAUCAUUAUAACAGCCGGGGAAAUUAUGUUUUCCAUAACUGGAUUGGAAUUUGCCUAUUCUCAAGCGCCUACGAGUAUGAAGUCGGUAUUGACAGCUGGAUGGUUGCUUACAACUGCUUUUGGCAAUGUUAUCGUCAUUAUCAUACAAGCAAUUGAAAUUUUCGAAGAACAGUCCAAAACCUUCUUUUUGUAUACCGGCAUUAUGUUGUUGGACAUGAUAAUAUUUGCUUUGAUGGCCACGAGAUACAAGUACGUCAACAGGAGCGACAGUGAUAGCGAAGAAAUCGAUCUUCCAAUAAAAACCAAUGGCGUCGAAAAUGCGACCUACAUGAAUGAAGAAAAACAGAAAUAAAGUUCCUUAUUUUCGCUUUAA